UUCUUAUCACUUGGUCGUAAUACUUGGGCUUUCAUAACAUUUAACAAAAACUGUGUCUUCCAAUCCGAAUAACAAACAAACAAACAAACAGGGCAUAAUUCAUAAAAUUAUACUCCAAACUCCAAAACCUUCCUGUAAAAACUCCACCUUUUCCUCCAUAAACUUCGAACUUUCCACCAUUAAACUAGCUCUGAAGUUCUAUUCUUUUCUUCAACAAUGGCGGCUGUGUCAACUCACCCAUCAACGAGUUUAAACAGCUGUCUGAAAAAUGAGCAAACCCAAAAAUUUAUCAAGUCCCAUGCUUUCUUAUUAAAACCUCAAAUGUUGGGUUUUAAUCCUAGAAAAUGGAAGAAUUUGGAGUUUGAUAAACUGGUUGUAUCUGCUAGCAAUGUUGAUCAUCAGGGAAAUGAGAGUAAUUUACCCUUUAAUGGCGUUUCUUCCUCUACUCGAUCAAAGGCGAUGCGGCAUACUAUAUCAGUAUUUGUUGGGGAUGAAAGUGGAAUGAUAAAUCGAAUUGCAGGGGUCUUUGCUAGAAGAGGUUAUAAUAUUGAAUCCCUUGCUGUUGGGUUGAACGAGGACAAAGCUCUCUUCACCAUUGUUGUCUCUGGAACUGAUAAGGUGUUGCACCAAGUGAUGGAACAACUUCAGAAGCUUUUGAAUGUUUUAAAGGUUGAAGAUAUAUCCAGGGAGCCUCAGGUAGAACGUGAAUUAAUGCUUGUAAAAGUUGGAGCUGAUCAAAGUAGCCGCGGUGAGUUAAUGUGGUUGGUGGACAUCUUCCGCGCCAAAAUUGUGGACAUAUCUGAAGAGUAUCUUACAGUAGAGGUCACUGGAGAUCCAGGAAAGAUGGUUGCUGUGCUAAGAAAUCUAAGCAAGUUUGGUAUCAGAGAGAUUGCUCGAACUGGAAAGAUUGCUCUAAGAAGAGAAAAGUUGGGUGAGUCUGCUCCUUUCUGGCGUUUUUCAGCAGCUUCUUAUCCUGACCUUAAAGAAGCUACGCUGGUUGAUGCCCUUUCUGAAGUUGCAAGACAAGCACCUGAUACUAAAUCAUCAGAUUUCUCCGUCGAGGGUGAUGUUUAUCCUGUGGAACCUUAUGAUGGUUUCGCAGUUCCUCAAGUCCUUGAUGCUCACUGGGGUGUCUUGAAUGAUGAUACAAGUGGGUUCCAGUCACACACUCUUUCGAUGCUUGUCAAUGACAGACCCGGGGUCCUUAACUUUGUUACAGGGGCUUUUGCUCGAAGGGGUUAUAAUAUUCAGAGUUUAGCUGUGGGUCAUGCGGAAACUAAGGGUCUAUCUCGCAUCACUACUGUUGUAACUGGUACAGAUGAAUCAAUUAGCAAAUUGGUGCAGCAAAUUUAUAAGCUGGUUGAUAUUCAUGAGGUCAAGGAUCUUACCCAUUUACCGUUUGCUGAGCGAGAGUUGAUGUUGGUAAAGGUAGCUGUGAAUACUGCUGCACGUCGUGAGGUCCUUGACAUUGCCAGUAUUUUUCGAGCUAAAGCUGUUGAUGUAUCUGAUCAUACCAUUACACUUGAGCUCACUGGAGAUGUGAAUAAGAUGGUUGCACUCCAAAGAUUGUUGGAACCCUAUGGAAUCUGCGAGGUUGCACGAACAGGACGUGUGGCUUUGGCUAGAGAGUCAGGUGUGGACUCAAGAUAUCUUCGUGGAUAUUCCUUUCCUGUCUAAGAUUUUUGUCAGAACUACAAUGCAGAAAGCAGGCAAGAAAAUCCAUUUUUGUUAAUACUUUGAAGGUUUCUUGUAAUCUUCUUUUUUGGCUUCUAAAAGUUCUUUUCAAUUUUUGUUUUUAUAGGUAGAUUGAUUUGAUUUAAGUGCUGUGUAACUUUUGAUUUUGUAUGAUUUACUGAUUUUUCAUUUGCAUCCGGAAAUCAAAAUAAUUUUGGAAUUCGGAAAAA